AUGACGGCGGGGGCGGGGUCGCGGCCCUUAGCAACGUGUCGCCGCUGCAGCCUCACCUCCACCCCCGCCCGCCCGCCAUCGCCCACAACUCCUCUCACCGCAGCCGACUCGGCCACUCUCCCCUCCUCAACCCCGGCAGAUGUGGCACAAACGGCUGCAACUCUGCUUCACUUUAUCGCUUCUUAUUUCACCAACAAGGUGAGGGGGUGUCGGCCCUUAGCAACGUGUCGCCGCCGCCGCAGCCUCCUCCCUCCCUCCCUCCCCCCGCCCUUUAACUCCCUCCCUCUCACCGCCCGCCACCGCCUGCAGAUGUGGCACAAACGGCUGCAACUCUGCUUCUCGCUGCUCUACACCGCCUCUUAUUUCACCAACAAGUAUGUCCUUUCAGUGUUGAAGUUUACCUAUCCAACACUUUUUCAAGGUUGGCAAACAAUUGUGGGAACUGUCUUACUUCAGGUAGCCUGGAAACUAGGAUGGGUGGAGCUGAGAAGCAGCUUUCUCUGGUCCGCCAAGAUUUCCUGGUUGCCUGGUGUCUUGUUAUUUGUUGGCAGUAUUUAUGCUGGUUCCCGGGCAUUAUCUAAACUGCCGAUUCCAUUCUUCCUCCUGCUGCAGACUGCAUCUGAUGUUGCUGGUAACAUUACCCUGAAAAUCGUCACAAAAGAGAAGCUGUCCUGCACUAAAAUCAGCAGCACGCUGAUGAUUUUCGCAGCUUCUGCUACGUUGAUGUUGACCAUCAUUGAGUCUGAAUCAGACGGAGUCUACUGGGGAGUGUUACACGUUGCAUGUGCGGGUGGAUACAAAGUAUUUCAGAAGUUAAAACCCUGUUCACUCAGUGAUCUUGAGCAACAGUAUUUAAGCCACCUGUGCAGCAUGGUGAUAUUGAUUUGUGCUGCUUAUCCCUCAGGUGAUGCAUUUGAUGUCUUGGCGUUUCCAUUCCUCUAUUCUUACCACUUCCACUGGGGCUGUUGUGCAAGUGGAAUUUUGGGGAUAAUCCUACAUUUGGUUUCUGUAAAGUUGAAGACGUGUGUGUCGACAGUGCGUUAUGGGGCAUGGUCACUGGUGACAAAGGUUUUGGCCGCGUGUUUGUCACUUGCCGUCUUUGAGACUCUAUUGAACACACGUACAAGUUGCUGUGUCAUGUUGGGUGUGUUUGGAGAAGCCCUUCUUGUCUAUACCUCAGUGAGUGAACCACAAUCAAACGGAUGAAGACCUCCCCAGGAUAUUUGCCAAAUGUCUUCUCAUCUGGAAGUAUUUUCCUCACUCAUCGCCAAUCGUGACAGGAACAGGAAACAACCGUGACAGGAACAGGAAACAAUGGCGCAGGUGACAAUCUUCAGCGGGAAGGUGUGUUCCUCCUUCCCACUUGUGUACAAACGGACAAUUAACGGGUGAAAAAUCACAUGGAUUACGAUUUUGCCUCGCGUUCUUUGGGCAACAGGACUUUUGACUUUGUUUCGUAUGGAAGCUAGACUAGGGCCUGCAGCCCACAAUGUCUGUGCCAAACCUGACACCAAGACCAACUCUUACCUGCCUACAGGUGAUCCAUAUCCCUCCAUUCGCAGCAGAUCCGUGCGAGAAAACACAGAGAGGAAGACUGCAGAGUUGUGCUUCUGACGGCAAUCUGGUGUGAGCUACUUUGUGCUUUACCGUCUCAUGCUGGGGACUGGAUUGCUGCAAUCAAUGAAAUGAAGGGCUCACCUCUGGGUGCCCAGUCCUAAGGUCAUAAAUGAUAGCAGCAGAAUUAGGCCAUUCGGCCCAUCAAGCCUAUUCCACCAUUCAAUCAUGGCUGAAUUAUCUCUCCCUCAGAACCCCAUUGGACAAUAGA